AUGCUGGGAGGGAGCUGCAGGGACCCCCAGAAAAAGCCGCAAGUGACCCAGCACUCAGGACCCAGGAGCAUGAGGCUUGAGGGAGGAGAGACAGAUGGCCAGCCAAGAGUGACCCCGCUGCCCACACCCAAUGGCAGUGGGCUGAGCCAGGAGCUUGAAAGCCAUUGGCCGGAGAUCCAAGAGAGGUCCCCAUGUGUGGCUGGUGUUAUCCCUGUCAUCUAUUACAGCAUCCUGCUGGGCCUGGGGCUGCCUGUCAACCUCCUGACCACAGUGGCCCUGGGCCGCCUCGCCGCCAGGACCAGGAAGCCCUCCUACUACUACCUCCUGGCGCUCACGGCCUCAGACGUCGUCACCCAGGUGGUCAUCGUGUUCGUGGGCUUCCUCCUGCAGGGAGCAGUGCUGGCCCGAGAGGUGCCCCAGGCUGUGGUGCGCACGGCUAACAUCCUGCAGUUCGCUGCCAACCACGCCUCCGUCUGGAUCGCCGUCCUGCUCACAGUGGACCGGUACAGUGCCAUGUGCCACCCCCUGCACCAUCGGGCCGCCUCAUCCCUAGGCCGGGCCCGCCGGGCCAUCGCCAUUGUCCUCAGUGCUGCCCUGCUGACUGGCAUCCCCUUCUACUGGUGGCUGGACGUGUGGAGGGAUACAGACCCCCCCAGCACGCUGGACAAGGUCCUCAAGUGGGCUCACUGCCUCACCGUCUAUUUCAUCCCUUGUGGCGUUUUCCUGGUGGCCAACUCGGCCAUCAUCUGCCGACUACGGAGGAGGGGCCAGAGUGGGCUGCGGCCCCGGGUAGGCAAGAGCACAGCCAUCCUCCUGGGCAUCACCACGCUCUUUGCCCUCCUUUGGGCACCCCGGAUCUUUGUCAUGCUCUACCACCUGUAUGUGGCCCCUGUCCACCGGGACUGGAGGGUCCACCUGGCCUUGGAUGUGGCCAACAUGGCAGCCAUGCUCAACACAGCCGUCAACUUUGGCCUCUACUGCUUUGUCAGCAAGACUUUCCGGGCCACUGUGCGAGAGGUCAUCCAGGAUGCCCGCCUGGUCUGUACUCUGGGAGCCCGGCCAGAGGACAUGGUGGUGGAGCAUGUGCUGAAGCCUCCAGAACUCCUCAAAGGGGCAGAAUUGUAG